AUGGCAGUUGCUGGGCGCCAGGGGCAACAGGGGAUGCUAAAGAAACUUGUAGGAAUCUUUAUGAGUUGUGGAGGCCCAUAUCAGGUCCAUAUCGCCACUCUGUGGUUGUUUCGGGCCUUUGGAACAUCAGCUGGGGCGAUGAAAGGAGUUAUCCUGUGUAUGUUUUGGUGUGUAAUCUGGUCAUUCUCAGGCUCUAAAGUUCUUCCUGGUGGAAGUUUAUUUGGACUUUUACUUCUUUUUUAUUGUGCAAUUCUUGGGGGAAAACUUCUGGAAGUCAUUAAAAUACCUUCAAUGCCUCAACUUCCACCACUUAUUGGGAUGUUACUGGCUGGUUUUACUCUCAGGAAUAUUCCAUUCUGCAGUCAGUACAUCCGCAUUAAUAGCAAGUGGUCUUCAAAUUUAAGAAACACUGCCCUUACCGUUAUCCUAAUACGAGCUGGGCUCGGACUUGAUCCACAGGCUUUGAAAAAUUUGAAAAAAGUUUGUCUAAGAUUGUCUGUGGGUCCAUGCCUUGUAGAGUCAUGUUCAUCUGCUGUUUUUUCGCACUUCAUUAUGAAGUUUCCCUGGAAAUGGUCAUUUCUGUUAGGUUUUGUAGUAGGUGCUGUCUCUCCUGCUGUUGUUGUCCCUUCUAUGCUGUUUUUGCAAGAACAUGGAUAUGGUAUUGAGAAAGGCAUUCCAACGUUACUAAUAGCUGCUAGCAGUUUGGAUGACAUUCUGGCUAUCACUGGAUUCAAUGUAUGCAUGAGCAUCGUCUUCUCCUCAGGUAAUAUAUUGCAUACUCUCCUAGUUUCUUUGUUGGAGGUAUUUAUUGGUGUGGUGCUAGGAGUUGUUUUGGGAUAUUUUAUUCGAUAUUUUCCAAGUAGAGACCAGAGUAAACUUCCAUGGAAGAGAGCAUCCCUUAUUUUGGUUAUAUGUAUUUCUGCUGUCUUAGGCAGCCAGCGUAUUGGUUUACAUGGAGUUGGAGGAUUGUGUACACUAGUGUUAACUUUUGUUUCAGGGAUUUAUUGGUCCAGAGAAAAGAUUAAAGUCCAAAAAAUUGUUGCAGCUACAUGGAAUAUUUUUCAACCCCUUCUUUUUGGCUUGGUUGGAUCAGAAGUAUCUGUUUCAUCUCUUCCAUCAAAUGCUAUUGGUAUUUGUGUUGCUACCUUGAGUUUGGGAUUAAUGGUACGAAUUUUUGCCACAUUUAUCUUCACGUGUUUUGCUGGUUUUAGUUUUAAGGAAAAAGUAUUUAUUGCUUUAUCAUGGAUACCCAAAGCUACAGUACAGGCUGUAUUGGGUCCUCUGGCUCUAGAAUCAGCAAGAAUCAGUGCGCACCAUUUGGAAGAAUAUGCACAGAGUGUGAUGACAGUAGCAUUUUUAGCCAUUUUGAUCACAGCUCCAAAUGGAGCUCUACUUAUUGGCAUACUGGGGCCCAAAAUGCUUGCACGUUGUGAUCCAAAACACUAUAAAAAGUCUGUUGAUACAGUAUUAGUACAUCAUUAA